UGCGCACAUCCUAGCUGUCAACUGCAGACGGAACAACAAGUCCCACUAAAGGAGGGGAGGGGGAGGGAGAGACGGAGCAGGGGCGCUGAUAGUUGUAAUUGUUGAGGAAGUGCUGUGGUCUUGACCGGCCGCGCUGUCGGCUCGUGCCCCCAACGCUCUGGCCGCCAUCCUCUCGCGCUCAGGUGGAACUUAACUUAUUCUGAUUGAUGUAGAAAGUACAUCUUGAAUCAGCAGCAGGUGUACCUUUGAGCAGUCAUGGCUGCUCAAUCAUUGGUCCCCCCUCCAAACGCAAGCUGUAAAAUUAUGACUUUUCGGCCUUCAAUGGAUGAAUUCAGGGAGUUUAACAAGUACUUGGCUUACAUGGAAUCAAAAGGGGCUCAUCGUGCUGGACUGGCAAAGGUGAUUCCUCCAAAGGAAUGGAAGCCAAGGAAGCAUUAUGGUGACAUUGAUGAUUUGAUGAUUCCUGCCCCAAUUCAACAGAUGGUGACUGGUCAGUCUGGGCUCUUCACUCAAUACAACAUUCAGAAAAAGGCAAUGUCUGUGAAGGAAUUUAGGCAACUUGCCAACAGUGAUAAAUACUGUACUCCAAGGUAUAUAGACUAUGAGGAUUUGGAACGGAAAUACUGGAAGAAUUUAACUUUUGUUGCACCAAUCUAUGGAGCUGAUAUUAAUGGGAGCAUAUAUGAUGAAAAUGUUAAUGAAUGGAAUAUUGGCCGUCUCAAUACUAUACUGGACGUUGUAGAAGAAGACUGUGGAAUCUCAAUUGAAGGUGUCAACACUCCAUACCUGUACUUUGGCAUGUGGAAAACGACGUUUGCAUGGCACACUGAAGAUAUGGAUCUUUACAGUAUUAAUUAUCUUCACUUCGGAGAACCAAAAUCAUGGUAUGUUGUUCCUCCAGAACAUGGAAAGCGACUUGAACGGCUAGCUCAAGGAUUCUUUCCAAGCAGCUCUCAAGGAUGUGAUGCUUUUCUUCGCCAUAAGAUGACAUUAAUUUCUCCUUCGAUUUUGAAAAAAUAUGGAAUUCCCUUUGACAAAAUCACCCAGGAGGCAGGAGAAUUUAUGAUCACUUUCCCAUAUGGAUACCAUGCCGGGUUUAACCAUGGUUUCAACUGUGCAGAGUCAACGAACUUUGCAACAAUCAGAUGGAUUGAUUAUGGAAAACUGGCUAAAUUGUGUACCUGUAGGAAAGACAUGGUAACAAUAUCAAUGGAUGUUUUUGUGAAGAAAUUCCAGCCUGACAGAUACCAUCUGUGGAAACAAGGAAAAGAUUUAUACACCAUUGAUCAUACAAAACCCACCCCUGAAAUGACACCUGAGAUAAAGGCCUGGUUGCAGAGAAGAAGGAAAACGAAGAGAUCAUCCAGCUUCCAACAUACCAAAACACGAUCAAAAAAGCUUAAAACUCCAGAGGACAAGAAGGCAUCAUCCGUACUGGUUGGUACAGAAAUCACAGCCAUGGAAGCAGCUACGGAUAGCUUCAAGGUCAAUGAAAAGCCAUCAGAAAAAAUAAAGCUGGUAAACACAGAAGUUCCAUCUGGGGUAGAACAAGACACAAGAAGGAUGCAGAUGGAUCAGAAUUUACUGGAUAGUGAAAAGGUAUCAGAGCACAACUCCUACAGUUCAUAUCCUCACCAUAAUCCUGUAAUGGAGAAAAUACAAACUGAAGAUGAGGAGAAAGAAAACUCUGCCUUUGUCCAGCCCUGUCCUGAGGAAUCUGCAUUGACCUUGCUUUCGUUUGCUAGCUGUAAUAAGGAAAGAGAUUUAAAAUCUUCAGCUUCGUCAAGGCAGGCUGUAAAGUAUGCUUCUUCUGAAGCUGAGAGUUUGGAGAUAGAAGAAACUAGCAGUGUGUCUACAGAAGAUGAAAUCAGUGAUGUCGAAAGCAGUGAGGGUGGCCUGGAACCUGGAGAAAUAACACUAAGAAAUGAAGGAGAGCGAAUGAAAACAUCUAAAAGUUGGCGUCAUCCAUUAAGCAAACCCCCUGCCAGAUCUCCUAUGACGUUGGUUAAACAGCAGGCAACAAGUGAUGAAGAACUGCCUGAGGCUCUCUUAAAUGAAGAAGAAAUUCAAGAAACAGAGUCCUGGGCCAAACCUCUCGUCUACCUUUGGCAGAAGAGAACACCAAAUUUUAUUGCUGAAAAAGACUUCAAUGCAACAGUUGCCAAAUUGGAACCAUGUUGUGCCAUAUGCACACUCCUUAAGCCUUACUACAAGCCUGACAGACCUAAUGAAGAAAACUAUACCUACUCAGAAACAAAUCCGAGAGAAAUAUGUGUGACUAAGGAAAAGACAAAACCACUUAUUCCAGAGAUAUGUUUUAUUUAUAGUGAGGAAAACACUGAAAACUAUCCAUCAAAUGGCUUUAUUGAAGAAGAUGGAACAAGUCAGCUGAUUUCCUGUGUGAAGUGUUGUGUACAAGUUCAUGCAAGUUGCUAUGGUGUUCCUUCUCAUGAAAUUCAUGAUGGAUGGCUGUGUUCUCGCUGUAAAAUAGGAGCCUGGACAGCUGAAUGUUGUCUCUGUAAUUUGAGAGGUGGAGCUCUCAAGCCAACUACUGACAAAAAAUGGGCUCAUGUGAUGUGUGCAAUUGCUAUUCCCGAGGUCAGAUUUGGUAAUGUCACAGAAAGAACACCAAUAGACACAAGCAGGAUACCUCUGCAGAGGUUAAAGCUGAAAUGUAUCUUCUGCCGACAAAGAGUGAAGAAAAUAUCUGGGGCCUGCAUCCAAUGUUCUUAUGGACGGUGUCCAGCGUCUUUCCAUGUUACAUGUGCUCAUGCUACAGGAGUGCUAAUGGAACCAGAUGACUGGCCAUAUGUUGUCUACAUCACAUGUUUCCGGCACAAAAUCAAUCAAAAUGUGAAAAUGAAAGCACUUGAAAAAGCAGUUUCAGCUGGGCAAACAGUCAUUGCAAAACACAGGAACACCCGAUACUACAGCUGCAGAGUAAUAGAAGUUACAUCUCAAGUUUUCUAUGAAGUCAUGUUUGAUGAUGGUUCCUUCAGCCGGGACACCUUCCCUGAAGACAUUGUGAGUAGAGAUUGCCAGAAGCUGGGCCCACCUGCGGAGGGAGAAGUUGUUCAAGUGAAGUGGCCUGAUGGAAAACUUUACGGUGCAAAAUAUCUGGGAACCAAUGUGGCUUACAUGCAUCAGGUCGAGUUUGAAGAUGGUUCUCAGAUUGCAACAAAGAGAGAAGAAAUCUAUACUCUUGAUGAAGAACUGCCUAAAAGAGUGAGAGCCCGAUUUUCUACAGCAUCUAAUAUGAGAUUUGAAGACACGUUCUAUGGAACAGAUAUCAUUCAAGGAGAAAAGAAGAGACAAAGGGUGCUGAGUUCCCGGUUUAAGAAUGAAUAUGUGGAUGACCCUGGGUACCGCAGCUUUUUGAAAAGCUCAUUCCAGAAGAAGUGCCAGAGGAGACUAUAAGGACAAAAUGAACUCAUGAGCAGCCCACCUGCUCUCAUUCUUUCUGUGUAUCAGCAGGGUAUUAAAUGUGGGAUAACUCCUCCUUCCAAAAUACAAAUGUUAUUAGUUUGAAGUCAGACUUCUAGUUUUUGGUUGAAAUAUUUCUUGAGUGUACCAAAAAUUCUAUCAAGAAGUAUUUCAGGUCCAUUGGCCUGUUCUCCUAAACGUCAGGGCCCCAGUUUGGGAUUUCUUAAUUUUUAAAAAUCAGAAUGUUUAAUUCCAACCAAGGAUUGGACAAAGUCAUAUAUUAGGAAUAAGGGGACAUUAUGAUGUACCUACAGUAGGACCAGUCCUCCCUCCACACAUGUCAGUGCAAGCUUCCACAGUGGGCUGUUAGAGAAAGAUCAGACCAAGGCAUAGUAUAAUAUCAUUACCUCUCUGGGGGGUUGGGGAUCUCUUUUCUUCCUCCAAAGCUAGGAAUUGCAAUGACUUGCCUAUUUUCUGCAGCUAGGGAAGGGGUUCCACAUUUUUUGCUAUUGAAAUCUCUUUUUAAAAUACAACAAUGUUGUUUUCUUUAAAAAAAAUGGCACUGAGAUCUGCAAAUGCUAUAUUAUCAUCACUUUGUACAAUGCUAUCCACAUUGUUUAUGCCUCCACUGCUUUCCAUAAUUUCUGGUCAGAACUUAGCUGUUGAAACAAGAUGGGGGCAGCGGGGUGCUGCUUCUUAAGAAGAUCUUCAAACAAAAGGAAAGGAAGGAUGUAUAUUUAAAGGGGGGAUUUUUGGCAUCUAUUUUUAAACUUUUUUCUCGAGGGGCAACAAUUUGUAGAAUAAAAAGUAUUUCAUUGUGUUUGUAAAAUUAGAGUUGGCAUAUCUUUGUCUGGCAGGCUGGUUUAAUGUAAUAUAGUAAUAUAAUAUGGUCUUCCCUUUUUCAAAGAUAGUCUGCAAAUGUAUGAUGUUUCAAAUAAAUAAAUAAAUAAAUAAAUAAAUAAAUAAAUAAAUAAA